AUGCAUCACUCUCACCUGGCUUAGACUAGCAAAAGCUUGGGCAGUUGCUUCACGUUAGUUUCGAUAUGAGUACCGAGCUUUCGAGGUUCGGUAAUCGAAACAAUAACAAUAUGAAUUCCGAGUUUUCCUCUCAAAUUCAACUGAAAAGCACAGAGGAGCUUUUCAAGCCAGAAAGACGUUCAAAGAUCGUAAAAGGACUUCUUUCAGUUCUGGUUAUUCUGAUUGCCAUUGCCAUAGGCUUUGUACUUGGCUAUUUUGUUUUCAAGAUGACUAAAAAGGAAGAAAGUAGCGCGAAGAAAAGCUCAAAAGAAUAUCUGCAGGAGUUUAAGAACAUGAUCGAUCCAAAGGAGCUUGAACACAACUUGAGGAUGUUCACUAUUCGGCCCCAUAUCUCCACAACCCACGGCACUGAAAUCAUAACAAAUCACAUCCGGGACACGUGGCAGAGCUACGGAUUCGAGGUCGAGGAGCCUGAGUACGAGGUUCUUAUGUCUUUUCCUCAAGAAGACAAACCAAACAAAGUAUCUAUCAUCAACAACGAUACCAAAGAAGUAGAGUACGACGUAAUAGCACAAGUAAAUGUGACAGCAGGUGUUGAUAGCGACAAAAAGUACAAAUACACACCAUAUUUAGCGUAUGCUCCUAAUGGCACAGUAGAAGGAGAACUGGUUUAUGCUAAUCUAGGCAGUCAAAAGGACUUCGAGGAGCUAGCUAAGAAAAACAUAUCCCUGAAAGGAAAGAUCGUUAUCAUUGGCAAUUUAUUUGGAUAUAUCACGGGUGCUAAAAAUCUUGGUGCUGUUGGAGUCAUUCUUUACCCUGACCCAAAGCUCUAUGCCCCCAACGGACAUGGAGUGAACGACACUUUCCCCAAUUCACCAUGGGUGCCACCCGAUGCUGUACAUUCUAUUGCACUCAGUAAAACAUUUGGAGAUGCUUUAACUCCAAUGUUGCCUUCCUCGAAUGGAAUGCAUCGCAUCGAUUUAAACAAAGCAGGUCUUCUAUCAAUUCCUGCCCAGACAAUCUCCUAUCAGGAUGCCCAAUACAUCUUGAGUCGAAUGAAAGGAGAAAAAGUCCCGAAAUCCAUGGAAGGAGGAUUGAACCUCACCUAUAGGUUUGGGCCAGGUUUCAACACGACCAAAGUAAACACUACUUUAGUUGUCAGACUUGAAGUCAACAAUCAGUACGUUAAGAAGAAGAUACGUAACGUCAUAGCAACGAUCCCCGGCUCAGAAGAACCUGACCGAUAUGUCCUGAUUGGUAACCAUAGAGAUGCUUGGUUUUUUGGAGCUUCUGACCCUUCGAGUGGAACUGCAACAAUGAUGGAAAUGUCAAGAGUCUUGUGGAAACUCAGGCAGAAGGGAUGGAGGCCAAGAAGAACAAUAAAGUUGUGUAGUUGGGGAGGUGAGGAGUUCGCGUUACUAGGAUCACAUGAGUGGGUAGAGGAAUAUGGCAUGAUCUUUAGAGAGAGAGCCGUAGCUUACCUGAAUACUGAUGUCGCUGUUGGGGGCAACUUCGUCUUCUACGCUCAGACAAGUCCCAUGUUAGGUGAUCUUAUUCUGAAAAAUGCAAAGAAAACAAUAUAUCCCAGUAAUAUUUCUAAAACUAUUUAUGAUAACAUGCUCGAGCGUUUACCAAAAUCGAAGCUGUAUCCAGAUGAGCCGAUGAUGUCAACAUUUCGAUUUGUAACUGAUAAUAUUCCUUUUUGCCUCAUUUUGGGGCUCCCGACAGCAGAUUUUAGUUAUUUUUUCGAUUAUACGGAUGACAUUUUUUUGUAUCCUCUGUAUCACACACAGUAUGACGCUUUUGACUGGAUCAAAAAGUUUGCUGAUCCUAACUUUCUUUACUUUAAAUCAAUGGCGCAGUUUUUAGGGAGCAUGCUGUUCGAUCUGUCUGAUUCUGAGAUUAUACCAUUCAGCCUUCAUAGAUUUGUUAAGUCAGUUCACGAAGCCUACGACGAUCUCAAGAAGGUCAAUGACAAACUUGAUCAAACACAAAUGCUCCAAUUAGAACAGGCGAUAAAAAUAUUUGCAAACUUGACCACAAAGCUUGAGUCCACGAUACAAAAUAUCAAAGGUCAGCAGUCGGAUCAUUACAAUUUGCGCAUGCUCAAUGACCAAAUUGCCGGAGUAGAAAAAACAUUUGUUAGCCCUUACACUAUUAGAGCUUCAAAGGAUGGCAAGAAAAUCAUCGAUGCGAACAGUUUUAUAAAAAUCCAUAAUGCGCUUCAUCGAAAUGUCAAUCAAACUGAAAUUGACAAUCUUGUGAAAUUCGAAAUGUCUUUGAUAAUUCGGUGUUUCAAUGUCGCAAACAAGCUGCUGGAGCCGAUUAAAUAAAUAUCAGGAUCAAAUUUGCU